UUCCGUCGACCAUGAGCUCGGCUGACCUGGCACGAACGCUGAAGUCCCUGUGCAUCGCGGGGGACCUGUCCAAGGCUGUGCGUCUCCUGUGCCAGAGCCCCGUGUGUCCCGGCGCGAGGACCUACGCGCUUCUGCUGCAAGAGUGCGUGAACCGGAGGGACGCGAGGCUGGGCAAGAGGAUCCACGCGCGCAUGAUCGCCACCGGGUUCCGCUGCGGCGAGUUCAUCACCACCAAGCUGCUCAUCUUCUACGCCAAGAUCGGGGACCUCGGCUGCGCGCGGAAGCUGUUCGACGGAAUGCCGCAGCGGAGCGUGGUCGCGUGGAACGCCAUGAUCUCCGGGUGCGCGCGCGGCGGCGCGGAGGCGCAGGAGCGGGCGGUGGAGCUGUUCGGCGCGAUACGGGCAGAGGGCCUGGCGCCGGACCAGUUCACGUUCGCGUCCGUGCUGUGCGCGUGCGCGAGGCUGGCGGCGCUGGAGCGCGGCCGCCGCGUGCACGCCGUCGCGGUUAAAUUGGACGUCGGCGGCAACGUCUUCGCCAACAGCGCGCUCGUGGACAUGUACCUCAAGUGCAGUUGCCCCGAGGACGCGCGUCGGGCGUUCGCGGCGGCGCCGGAGCGGAACGUCACCAUGUGGACCGCGCUCAUCUCUGGGCACGGCCAGCAGGGGCGCGCCGCCGAGGCACUUGCGCUCUUCGACCGGAUGGCCGCGGACGGGUUCCGGCCCAACGACAUCACGUUCCUCGCCGUGCUCUCAGCGUGCGCGCACGCCGGGCUCGUCGACGAGGGCCUGAGGCGGUUCGCGUCCAUGUCGUCGGACUACGGGCUCGCCCCGAGGGGCCCGCACUACGCCGCGGUGGUCGACAUGCUGGCCAGGGUCGGCAGGCUCCGUGACGCCUACGAGCUCGUCAAGAACCUGCCGGAUUGCCAGGAGCACUCCGUGGUCUGGGGCGCGCUGCUGGGUGCUUGCAGGAAGCACGGCGGUGACGUGGCGCUCGUUGAGCUCGCCGCGCGGAGGUUCUUCCGGCUGCAGCCCGGAAACGCCGGAAAGUACGUGGUCCUGGCGAACACGUACGCCGCCCGCGGGAUGUGGGAUAGCGUGGCCGGCGCGCACGAGGCGAUGAGGGCGCUCGGAGUAAAGAAGGACCGCGCCUGGAGCGCCGUCGAAGUGCAGGGUAAGGUGCACACGUUCCUCGCUGGGGACUCGUACCACGACGAAUGCUCGGCGAUAUAUGAGGUCUGCAAUGCAUUGACCUCCGCCAUCACUGAGCAAUCCGUGGGAGCAACUGCCUGAUGGUGUCAGUCAUUGCUGAUCACUGAACGAUCGUCUGCGUGGUCACUGCUGCAGUUCCGAUUGAAAAUGCCUUGCUUCUCUGGAGAAAACAUCCUGCACAGAAAUAUUAUCAUCUUCGGUGAUCUGAAUGCGCCAUUCUUGGCUGCGCAGUUUUGAUCUGACAGUUGCCACAGCUCAUUCUUGUUGCACAUAUAGAAGUUCAUGAUUGAACGAGGUUAUAAUUACAAGUGGGCAAGACUAUCAGGUUUGCUACACUAUUUUUAACCACAAAUGAUUACCACAGCUUGAUGAAAUCUGAAGGAGCGGAGGAAGCCCAAAUAGACAACCUGGGGAAGAAGCUGCCUGAGCAAAAGACAUGUAGUUUAAGAGAAGCAGCAUGUACCACAAGAUCACAUCAACUAUUCAGGUCUCCGAUCAUGGUUCUCAGAAUGUCACAUCGAGCUGUGAGUUGGAUCCUUGGAGUUGCAGAGCUGUGGUAUUGUCAGGGUUUGGAGAUCCAGUACUUCUAUGCUUUCUUCAGUCACAUGCAUGUCCUUGUUUAUCAGUGACUCAAGUCGAAUCCACAUACAGAUUGUUCAUCACCUGACUGACAGGCAGUACGAUUGAAAGAAAUCCUAAAUGAAUUAGAAAAACACUAGAGUGACUCAUUUGUAGAGCUACUGGGAAUCUGAGACAAGAUGUAGUAGAACAGACGAUCUCUCAGAAAACAACCAAAAGAGGUCAGUUCCUCUGAUACAUCUGAUCUCUAUUUGUACUAUUGCUCUGAAAUUUAAUCUUCUCAAAUACAAUAUGUUUAUUACAGUUGACAUUGACAUAGGAAAAAAUGAAGGUGAAUAGAUAUCAGAACAUGUACAGACUUUAUUC